CAACCUAAAAUGGCAUCCCGAUUCAUUGUUUUCUUCAGCGCCAUAAUUGUCCUGGCUCAAGGAUCAAAUAUCUUGCCCAUCGAACAGGAAUCUGAGGUGGCAGUCCACUCUGGAGUCGUCUCGUCUGGAGCUCCUGUUGUCGUCGUUUCCCAAGGACAUCCAUCUGUUCAUCCUCAGCCCCAACGACCAAUCUACGGUCAUGGCCCAGUGUCUGUUCCAGUUGGAGGACCUCAUCGUGUGAUCGGAUCAGGACCUCGUCCCUAUGUGGCUGCUCCUCUUCGUCCGGCUCCGGUAUCCUAUGUUCGUCCUGCUACCGUGGUUAUUCCUGCUCCUCGAGUGGUCGUUGGCCCUGCUGUUCCCAUCCGCCAGCCCCAUGGAGUGGCUGCCCCAAUCGUUGUUGGAUCUGGACACGGCAACGUUCACCAGACUCGUCAUCACGGCCAGAGACCCUACUAA